CAUACUGGGUGCGGUGUAAUGAUGCGAGGAAAAUCGCAGCGCGGCGACCCCGGAAGCGAAACGUCCUCGGGUAGCCGCCAGCACGAGGCGAGACGAGGCGAAUGGGGAGGGGAGUCGCUGACCGCGUCCGUACGACAUCGAAUGCGGGUGAAACUGCGAAUGUUGCGAUCCAGGUAGCAGAGAUACAUCGUAGAACGUCGCCGGCGAUUGCCCAUCCGCGAGGGCCUUGCAGAUGGCUGCGGGUGUGUGCCAGAACAUCCAGACAGUCGCUGCCGCCGGGAACGCGGGCGGCCUAGGAUGGGACCCUGCGUGUCCAUAUAAUCGCUCGCAGAGGUCCAGCGAUGGUGUCGGUCCCCGCCCAAACUCACACAUCGUCUGCAAUGUCUUCCCACCCGUUGGUCGUCGCUGCUCGUGCCCCAGAAGAGCCCCAUCCCGCAAGCGUCCAGCCCGUAUCCAGUGGGACACCGCUCGAGCUCGAGCUCGAGCUCCGCGAGAAGUUGACGGAGAAUCUCCGUGAGUGCGUUCGUGCCCUGUUCCUCAACACUCGUCCACUCACGUCGUUCGUCCGCACGCAGAGGCCCGAUGUGGAUAUGGACGCGUUCGGGAUGGUCGCAAAGGGCUCGGGCGUGGGGGAAUUGAGCGGUACCCAUAGUUUGUUUCUUGACAGUUCGGUUUAGGCAGGGUCUAGCGUCGUUUGUAAGUAAGCAGAAGGUGAACUAAGAUACUUUGUUUCUUGAAUGGCCUGGCUGGCGGCCCA